AUGAAUUGGUUCGACGAUACCGACCAGGCUCGCCCGAACUACUUCCAACUUCUUCUCUUUGUCCUUUUUGCCCUCUUCUAUCCGAGUCUCCUGUCGAAACUAGAAGGGGACUACGAAGCGCCUGAAUUCACCCAAGACCUGCUCAACCUUGCUCAUUUCACCGGACCCAUGUUCUUCCCAGAUAUGGACUUUGUUGAGCUGUCAAUCUGUUCUGGUAUAGUCUUCGCGGUGGUCAUAAUGCUGGGUUUCCUUAUCGGUUUCUGGAAUGACAUUUCUCCUUGGAUUAUGGCUGGAGUCAACAAGCUCUCCUCCAUGGUGCUCGGUUUCAAGUGGCUGGCCAAACAGCUCUCUGUCGUACGCUCUUACCAAGGGCUCCGCUGCAAGAUGUGCCUCACCCUUGAGAAGUUGAAGCAGUCGACGAACUGCCGUCUCUUGUACCGGGUCGCCUUCGAGGCAAUCGUGUGGUUGCACUCUACCCCUACCCCCCUGGUCAUGAUCAUUAGAUUGAUGGCGCUGGGAUCCUCCGUCGUGGUCGCGUGCAUCGGCCUGUUCCUUUGUGGAGGACAACUUCUGUCUGGCUUCACCGCUGGUUUGUUCUCCACGCAGUGGGACAUGGGGGUGUACUGCUCUUUCUCGCCCCGGAAUCUCUUCUACCUGCCAUCUGGCCGGGGUCGAUGGUUGUCGGAGUUCUACUGCUUCGGGCGUGACCUGGGUGUGAGACUGGACGGGGCUAUUGAUUGGAGCCCGGAGCAGUUCGAAGGUCAUCAGGAUGAGUGGCCUGUUCUUCCCGUUAUUGUUCUCGCCCUUGUUUGUGUCAUCGCCUGGAUGUACUGCGCUCUCUCUCAGACCGUCGCUGCCGAACAAACCUCCACGCCGGAACAUGUGGUUCAGGCCCCGGCAGCGAACUGCGUCGACCAGGAAACACAAACCAAGGAGGACCCUGCCGUACUUGAGCGCGGGCGUCAACUCGAGGCUAAGAUGCAAACGAAGCUGGAGGCUUUGAUCAAAACCCACACUAGCGAGUGUGAAGGCUACAAGAAGACGAUCAAAGCCCAAGAGGAGCGCAUCGCAGCCGACGCCGCGAAGCAUCGCGUAACGGAGCAACGGGAAGUGUACGGGGCGUUCUUCAGCACGCUGUCUGCGCAGCGAGUUCCGCUCGAGGAAACAUCUUAUGCCUCGAAAGUCGAACCUCGGCAGCGUGACCUCACUCGUUCAGUUUUGGUCGAGCAGGUCGAGAAGAAGAAUGCCCAGCUCAAGAAGGCUGAGGAGGAAUUGGUGGACGCCAACACGGAUCGGGAAUUUCUCUCCCGCAGAAUCAGACUGCUGGAAAUCAAGGAGGGUCGCAUGGAGGACGAGUUACAGGGCUAUCGAACUGCCAAAGCCGAGCUGGAACGUCAGAAACUCGAGGUAAUGGCACAUGCAGAUACCAAGUACGCGAAUGCCGUGAGCGAGAUCAUUUCGCUCAAAGAUCGUCUCGCGGAACAGAACAGAGAUCUCAUUCACCGCAUGCAACGCUUCAGGGAUCUGGAAAGUCUGUAUGGCCAACGUGUGCAGGUUGAUACGCAGCUCGAGCAAAACUAUAAUGAGCUCGUUUCCCGCCACAAUGAACUCGAAUCCAGAUACGCGACCCUCGACAAGGAAAGGGACGGACUCCUGGUGGAAAUCGAACUGCUAAACGCCUUCCACAAUGAAUCUUCGUUAGCCCAGCAGCUCGAUGCCGCCAACCAGCGGUGCGUGCGCCAGGACGGCGAGGUCAAGUGCCUAGAGGCUGAGAAGAGGGCGUUGCAGUCCGAGAUCGCCGGUCAGGAGGUGCUGUAUAAGGGGGUGCUCGCUUGGGCGGCAGGAGUCGACGAAAAUUGCCGUGCAGCUCUCGACACCUUUACGGCGGACCGCGACAGGCACCUUGCCGAUGUAGAGGCCGCCCUCGAGACUGCCAAGGCACGAGUCGUCGAAUGUGAGGGGCUGACCGAACAAAGCGCCGACCAGGUCGACCUCCUUGAGGGCCAGCUCUUCAACGUACAGCACGAGAAGAGCCAGUGCCUGCAGGAGAUCGCGCGCCUCGAAACCGUGGUCGGGCUCCUCAGACGCCGCCUGAGGGAACAGGAGGAGGCUGCGCGGCUGUCGGAGACGACUCCCCAAAAGCGCCGCGCAAAAGGCAUGGGGUCUGUCACCACGGCCCUCGAGCAGAGCCAGGUAGAGGUCGCCAAGUUGCGGAUUGAGAACGAGACUCUUCGCGACCAGGCCAACCGCAUGGCCGUCGAGACAUCCGACCAGGCCAAGGAUGACCUCAUCCGGCGCCUCAGGGCCCAAGUGGACGCGGAGAGGAAUCAGAAGACGGAGGCCCAGAUUGCAUCGGACACGAGGGUUAAGGCAAUGGACGCCGAAAUCACAAGGCUCCGAGUCACCCUGUCCAACGCAACAACCCCCGUGGGCGCGUCCCCAUUCAGUCGCUCGAAUGGGAGACGUCGCUAG